GGCGGUCGGAGCGCGGCUCGCGGGCACCGUGCCACCAUGACCCCCCCGGGGGGGCCGCCGCUCUGGGGCGCUCCGGCCGCCCUCCUCCUCCUCCUCCUCCUGCUGCUGCUUCUGCCGCUGCGGGCGGGGGCUCCGCCGCCCCCCGACGACCCCACGGCGGACCCGCGGGGGGACCCGGAGGGCUCCGCGGCUCUUUCCUUCCUGCGGACGGGCGACGCGCGGCGUUUGGCCCUCACCAACUGCAGCCGCAGCGCCGCGCUGAGACCCCCGGGGCCCGACCCCCCCCCGGCGCUGCGAGCCGCCCUGCGGGCCGCCCCCGAAGCUCUGACCCAGGCGGCCAACUUCCUCAACAUGCUGCUGCAGGGCAACGACCUCCGCGAGGCCAGCGUGGCCGAGGACGUGGAGUGGUACCAGGCGCUGACGCGCAGCCUGGCCGGGGGGCACCCGUGGGCGCGCCGCUCCCUGCUGGCCCUGGACGCCCACCCGGCCGCCCCCUCCCCCCGCCUGGUGCUGCAGGCCACGGCCGCCGACGGGGAGAUCCACCUGCGGGACGUGUCGGCGCCGGGGAACCGCAGCUCGGACGGCGAAUGGGUGGCGGAGCUGCGGGAACGGCGCGGCCCUCCGCUCCGCAAACGGGUGCUGAGCAACGACCUGCGCUCCAUGGAGACCCCCAAAUGGCGGCGGGGCGACGGGUACGUGGCGGGGCCGGGCCACGUGCGGUGGUCGCAGCCGUUCCUCGAGUGCCGAGACGGGAAAUUCGUGCCCGCGUGGGCCGUCGCGCUGUCCGCUGCCUUCUAUGGGCUGAAGCCCGACCUCAGCCCCGAGUUCAAGGGCGCCGUGCGGGUGGACAUCGAGCUGCGGGAUGUGGGCAUCGAUCAGUGCGACAGCGGGACGGGGUGGUUCGCGGGCACGCACCGCUGCGACCUCAACAGCACCCAGUGCGUCCCGCAGCAGAACCGCGGCUUCGUGCUGGGGCAGUACGCGUGUCGCUGCAAGCCGGGCUUCUACGGGCUCAGCGCCGGGCCAGUGCCGGCUGAAGGUGCCGCUCGCUUGGCGUGCCGCCGGUGCCGGGAGGGCUGCGCGAGCUGCCGGGACGACGCGCCCUGCGAGGUUGAGGAGGACCGCGCUCUGCGUGCGGCCGUGCUGUGCUGCCAGGCGUGCUGCAUGCUGGCCGUGUUCCUCUGCAUGCUGCUCGCCUACCACUGCCGGCGGAGCAAGAGGAUCCGGGCGUCGGGCGUUGUGCUCCUGGAGACCAUCCUCUUCGGGUCGCUGCUGCUCUACUUCCCUGUCUUCAUCCUCUACUUCAAGCCCAGCACCUUCCGCUGCAUCGCCCUGCGCUGGGUGCGCGUGUUGGGCUUCGCCAUCGUGUACGGCACCAUCACCCUAAAGCUGUACAGGGUUCUCAGGGCCUUCCUGGCCCGUGCAGCACAGCGUGUGCCCUACACGGCCAGCGGACGCGUGCUGAGGGCUCUGGGGCUGCUGCUGCUGCCCCCGCUGUGGUUCCUGGCAGCGUGGACCGUGGCAACGUUGGAGAACGUCGGCCGGAACGUCCCGCUGGUGGUCCGUGCGCAGACUGCCCGCGGGCUGCACUUCUCCAUCUGCAGCCACGACCGCUGGGACUACAUGGUGGUGGUCGCCGAGCUGCUGCUCCUGCUGUGGGGCAGCGCGCUGUGCUGGGCUGCACGCGCUGUGCCCUCUGCCUUCCACGAGCCGCGCUAUAUGGGCAUCGCACUGCACAACGAGCUGCUCCUCUCGGCCGCUUUCCACGCUGUCAGGUUCAUUGCGGUGCCAUCGCUGCACCCCGACUGGACGCUGCUGCUCUGCUUCGCCCACACCCAUGGCACUGUCACUGUCACCCUGGGGCUGCUCUUUGUCCCAAAGUUCCUGCACGCCGGAUCGCCGCUGCGGGAGGAGAUCGCGGCGGAGGUGUACGAGGAUGAGGUGGACGCGCGGCGCUCCGGGCUGAGCAGCAGCAUCGCGUCCGCGUGGAGCGAGCGCAGCUUCGACCCCGAUGACAUCCGGGAGGAGCUGAAGCAGCUCUACGCGCAGCUGGAGAUGCUGCGGACGCGGCGGAUGGCGACCCGCAACCCGCACCUCCCCGCGCCGCCCCCCACCCGCAGCUCCGGCAGCCGCCGCUCUUCGUCCAAACGGCCGCACGACGGUACCGGCGGGGGGGGGCGGGAGGGGGGCGGUCCGUUCCGGUCCCGCAGCUCCGAGCAUCCCGCCCAGGACGCGCCGGCGGGGGGAUGCUCGGAGCCAUCCGACAGCGAAUCUCUGUGUGGCGCUCCGCUGCUGCCCAGGUCGGCCAGCGCUCAGCAGCUCGGGGGGCACGGGCAGCCCCCCCGGCUCCGCGCGGUGCUUCUGCAGAAGUCGCUGAGCGCCGGUGCGGGAGAGGUCACCCCGUCCUGGGGACCCCCCGAGCAGGGAGAGGUGUCCCGCGGCACCGCCGCAACCGCGGCCGCCGCCACCCCCCCGCGGGAUGCGCCCCCCCCGGCUGACAGCAAAGGGACGAAGCGCGUCACUUACGCCCCCGUUAAAAGCGUCAGCGCGGACGGCCCCCACCCCGCGGGGCGGGUGCGUGUGGUGGUGAAGAGGACCCCCCCGCCGCCCCCCGUGCGCUAUCAGAGCCUCCCGCACCGCCACGGGGACGGCGCGUCCCCCCCGUCGGGGCUGCGCUCCGCUCCCCCCACCCCCGCCGAGGUGUGUCCCUGGGAGCUGCUCCAGGAGGAGACGCUGAGGCAGAAGCAGAACGGCGGCGAACCUCCGCCCUCCGCCCCCCCCGGGGACGCGGCGGGGACCCCCCCGAGCCUCAAACCGCCCCCACAAAGGGCUUUCAGGAGUUUGGGUUUCGCCGUCAGAGCCAUCAACCGCUCCAGAGCGAAACGCAGCCUGAAAGGGAGCAGAGAGGGCAGCGCUCGGAAACGGGGCCGUGAGCGGGAGGGGGGCGGCGGGGGGGAGCAGCCCGGCCUGGAAGGGACCCCCCCGCCGCCCCCAGCGGGGUGCAGCCCGGAUCCCAACCUGCGGGAUGGGGAUGCAGACCCCUCUCAGUGCGUCACCGCCAGCUCUGCAUCCGAGACCCCAAUGAUGGGGGACAGUGAGGGGACGGCAGAGUGGGACGGUGCUGCCGGGGGGGGCACGGGUGCUGAGUGCGGGGGGGACGGGGCUGAGGGCUGA